CUAUCUAUAACGUAGUUCACAAAUGCAACCUUAUAUGAGGUUUACAGUCAUUUUCAGUUCAGUGUAAACUGCAAGCUUCCAGAUGUCAUGUUACUAUGUGAAUACUGUGGGGAUGAGAUACUAUCAAAGACACAAAGUGUAACUGUGUAUCACAAAGAUGAGGAAGUGUGUUAUGUACCACAGGGUGGUGAUAUACCAGAAGCAUAUGAACAUGUAACUGUGAACGUACAUGGUGACAAUGUCAUAUAUACCAGACAGGGAAGCAACGUACCAAGAGGUUAUGAAUCCGUUUCUGUCUAUGUCAAAGAACAAGGAUUAAUAUAUUCUAAAGCACGUACAGCACCAACUGGUUUUGUCCCUGUACUUGUUUAUUCCAAGAAAGAAGGUAAUGAUUUCGCAUCCUGCACCAAUUCAUCAAAACCUAAAGAGACCGUUCACACAGCGUGUCUAACUGAACAUAUUCCACGGUGUGAUGAGGCAGUUUCUAAUUUCAUCCAGUGUUCUUCCCCUGAAAACAUCUUGACUAUUGGGAUUCACGUUAAGUACCUGUAUGGUGUAGGGCGAAAGGACGACAACAAAAAGAAGAAAAGGGAGAAAAGAGAUCGUAAACUCCACCAGCUGUCGGAAAAGGUAUCUGCCUUGCGCAACUCCAACUCUGGUUGUAUAUUGGUUCAUCUUGUUGGUCUGGCACCUGGGGAUUCUUUUACUGGCGCAUUCGAUGAGUUUGUGGAUACAAAGCUUCACGACUUGAUACAUGAUGGACAAUUAUUUACUGAUGUUUUACCGGAAGGAAAAGCUGAGUGGCCAUAGAGAUCUUUGUGAUUUUGAUGACUUCCUAGCUCUUUAUGUCACUGCUUCUUCCUUCGUCACAACAUCUGACUUUAAUACAAAGGUUGCACUUGAUGACUGCAUUGUUGACAUUCCUGCAGAGGAGCUACGAACAUUUUUCAGCAAAAGAGGAGAAUUCGAAGGAACUUCACGCAAACUACCUACAGAAAUACAUACUGUAAAUGACGUUGUGAGAGUACACGAGAGCAGAUCAAUUCAAAUGAAAAGUCACUUUCUCCAAAAGAAAGGGGAUCAUGAAAUAGUUGCUUACAUUAUUAAGAAUCUUAACCUUACUGAGUACAUAAGUGCACUGAGCAAACUUGAAAAUGGUGGUUCUUACCUCUAUGGUGUGAAAGAGGAUUGUGUUUUUAAAAGUGAAUAUGGAUACGAGUCCAAGGAAAUCCGUCUCAAGCCUGUUUGUGUUGAUGAUCAAGACUAUCUAAAGGAUACGUUGAAGAAGAAGAUUUGCGAGACUGUUCUUGUGUGUGGCUUUGAUGGAAAGAAAGUGACGGAUGCACAUACAGUAGACAUACGUUUUAUCCCCUGCCCACCCAAUGUUACAGAGUCGUGUUGCAGUGAUGAACUUAGAAAUCACAAGUCAGAAACAAAGGAACAGUACAUUAUUCAUAUUUUAGUAAAACACGUGAAGGGUGUAGUGUUUUACGAUCCACAGGGUCCAUUGGCUUACAAAUAUGAUCCAACAAACAAGUCUGUCACGCGGAUGAAAAUCCACGAAUGGUUCCAUGCUUUCACAAGGGGGAAAUAGACGUAGCUGAUACCGAAGACAAGGAAGGAGGGCCAAUACGUAUCCUCGUCAAAAUGUGGAAGCUACUGAAACAAAUUGCAAAAGAUAAGGAGCAAGGCUUUGCCUUGGCAACAAACGAUUUCUUCCGACCUGACCUGAAGCAAAUUGGAAACAGCAUCUUCGAGAUCAGGAGAUACUUCGUUCCUGAGGAAGGUCGAACCAUAAAACCCUUGAAACUUGGAACCACGUUGGCAAACGUGAAAGACUGCCUCUUAGAACUUGUAGAAAACCAUGCGUUUGCCUUAGGUUUGGAUCACAGAACUGAUGAAGAAAUAAAGAAUACAAACUGCCCAAAAACUGAGCCAUGUUUCAUGUUCUUAUCAGAAACUUUAUCAGUUGCUCUGGAUUUUACCACAUCACCUCGUCCAAGUAAUGCCGUGUGUGAUGUGUUCAUAGCCUUUCCCACUAAGCCAACUAUGGUCCUGUCACUCGUUGAUGGCGAUGAAGACUCAAGGGAAGCGUUGGUGUACAAUACGUCCGUGGCUAGAGGAGUGAGACAUAAACUCAUCAGAUUCAUGGAUGAAGAUGUGAACUCAAUACAUGGAGUGAUCAAUACGUCGACUCUCAAGGAUAGUGUCGCAUUCAACGCUCGCCUGGGGGUUUUGGCAAACGAUUCGUUUCAUUUUGUUCCAACGUAUUCAUUGCUAAUGAAUACGAGAAGAUAUGGUGCAGUCCUGACAGCGUUUUGGGCGGGUGUUGCUGAGACAAAGUCGGUGCUUAGAGAUAAUGGUGACGCAAAUGAUGACUGUAUAAGAUUCCUCACCAAAGAACAAUGUAUCAUUCUGGUGGAGAACAUCAACAGUAAGGAUGUCCAGGUCCGGUGUGUACCAGGUAGCGGGGCAACGACUCUGAUGCUGGAGGUGGCCAGGAGACUGAGCAGGCUGGGGGACACUCUACUGGUGUGUAGGUCACAGGAAGAGAGGGACAGACUCAGGUCAGCGUAUGCAUCAGUGGUAUCAGUGAACGAUCUUAGCAAACUGGAUCUGUCCUCAUACGUGAACAUUGUUGAUGAAACAAACAGUAUGACACCAGAAACAAGACGUCACCAUUGGCAAUUUGCAAGCCAUCUAACUGAUAUCAAGCAGCUUAAGUACAGAAAGUGGAUGGUAGAGACGGAGACUGACAGAAUCGAGAAACUAAUGGAUGUAUUAACCAAUGAUCAAUUGAGACGAAGGAUGAACUAUCUCCUUGGAGAGUUUGACGUGCUGGUGUUGAUGAUGGAGAAGCUCAGACAACAUGUUGCUUUUCACCAAAAUAAGGACUGUUUGGAGAACAAGCCACGUCAACAUACAAGGGGCAAUACUUUAACUGAUGCGGGAUCAUUUGUCGUUGGUAAACCACACCCGGUUGUACAAGAAGCAGAGCUGAUUGCAUGGCAAGAAAAAGUGGAACAAGAAAAGAGUGUUUUUCCUCUUUUACGAUCCGUUAUGGUAAAGGACAGAACCAAUCUCAUCUACCAAGGCGUUAAACUGGCUUACCUUGAGAAAGCCUCCACAGAAGGAGAAGAAAAACUACAGGAAUCGUCACAGAGUUCUGAAUCUAAGUUCUGGAACCAACAGAACACAGCACGUGUAUUUCCGGAUACGCUAACCGAUGCUAAACAUAAACUGGAGCUACAGAACACAGAUGGCGUAGAUGCAGAGGGGCAUCCUGAGACGAUCUAUGUAACACGGCAGAAUAAAAGAGAUGUGUCUUCCUCAACGUUUCAGGAGCCCCUGGAGGAUAUCCACACUGAAGACAGGCUGGAACUCCAGGACACAGAUGUUGGCGAAGCAGAGAGUCGAAUGCAAGAGAUUGAAUCUCUCAAUGAAGAAUUGGACAGUUUAAAAUUGAACAGAGAUUACAAAACGAUACAACUCGACAAACUACAAACUGAGGGUUGGACACACGGCAAGUUUGAGUGGCAGAACGCUGUUGACUACUUGAUGGGGUACCCGGAUGUCCUAUCCCUGUUUAAUGUGGAGCUACCAGGUCUUGACGGUGUUAGCAGUUCCCAUCAAGAAGACCAAGAUGAAAGCACCUUGCCAAGAAGAAUUAAACACAGGCAAAGGACAGUAUUCACGAAAGACUCAAAGCGAAAGUUCCCCGACACAACAUCAAAACUGGCUGGAGUGAAAGGGGAAGGUCAAUACACUGUGAAAGAUGGGUGUCACAUUCCCUACAUACCUACAGGCCUGAUGCAUCAGUUGAGGAGGUACCAGCUGGGCUCCCUAAAGGACAGAGAUUUAACUACACUCACAUUGAAGGUGAUGACAGACGACGAGGAGCAACUCGCGUAUCUGACGGCAAAGAAUGACUCCUUGGAAAAAGAUUUUGGAAGCACUGUACAUAUUGUUGGACUGGAAUGCAGGCCUGCACCAAUCUCAUGUCCUAAACUUCACCUGGACGCGGCUCGGGCCAACAAAAGAUGGUGCCACGUAACUACAGACGGUGAACUGGUCAACUCGCCGCCCGACACACGGGAUGAGGGGCGGAACAGGCUACAGGAGUACCCGGGGACCUGUAGCUCCCCCAUCCCCCUUCCUCCACCCCCCUCCAACCUCCUCCCCACCACACCAACAUACUGGGAAACAGAGACCAGGGUGCGAGUGGUGGGGAGAGUGCCGUUGUAUGUCCUGGAGAUUGGGGUGUGCGAGGCAGGACAGGUGGACAGUGCGCCGUGUGUUUCUCUACAGCGUCGCUCCUGGUGUGUCAGUGUAGAGAGCUGUGGCAGACACGGGGAGAGUCCCUGUACCGCGGUGUGGCGGGAGAGGAAGCAGGGCGAGUGUCACCAGAACACCAUGUCCACCACUCCAGGCACACAGGCCACCCUCCACUAUGGCGUGGUGCUGGAUGUGGGGAGGGGGAGAGUGGCCUUCAUUGACUUGGACAGGGGGAUUGUUCUUGGCAAGUAUGAUGAGGUGUUCCGGGAACCUCUUGUCCCCAUGUUUGGUGUUGGGCGGCUGUCAUCCCUCCGCUCUGUGGCGAUGAGUCUGAUCAGCGGUGAGGAUGUCGACAUGACAGACACCAAGAGGGCCCUCGUCUACCAAGCGCUGAGAUAGGAAAUAAACUGGUUCUGUAAAGUUGUCUGUGUAACUCAGAGAUUUCUAUCAACUGUUUCAAUGACAGGCGAGGAAAGUGAGUGAAGCGGACAUAGAAGUGUUCGGUUUGUGUUCUGUUUGUUGUGUACAAAAUACAACCAAGUUCUUCACAUGUCUGGUUUCACUACUUUCCUCGUUUCUCAUGGGACUGAAAUACAUUUUAAAUACUCACAGUAAUAUUGUUAUGAUGAAUCUAUUGCUGUAGUUGCUGAAAUUAUGUCACAGCAACAACUUUCUGAAAUGUGAUGUGACACAGGAGUGAGUGCACAGACAAAUUGUAAAAUUUCUUUCAAAACAAGAUUUCUUCUGCUUAUAUUGAUUUAAUACUAUAAAAUUAGUGUUUUAAAUCCCCACAUGACUAUUGUUACGAUGAAAUUAUUGCUGUAGUUGCUGAAAUUAUGCCCAGACAAAAAUGAGCACAGACCAAAUGUAAAUAAAAAGUUGCUUCGAAACAGAUUUCUUCAGCAUAUAUUGAUUUAAUGCCAUAACAUAAUUAUUUCCAAACCACACAUUAUACUGUUUAGAUGGGAUUGUUGAUGUAGUUGUGGAAACUAAACUGCCACAGAAAAUGAAAGUCAACCUCAAUGUCUGAUUCUGGCAAAAUGUUUAACAAACAAGAAAUGAUUAUUCCACUGUGAUGUACUUGAUACAGGGAUCCUGGUGGUGUUCUGUACCUAGUCACGUAUAUGUGUAAUUGUAUAUGUUUGUUUUGUUUGUGUGUUUGUUUGUUGUUUAACGCCGCACUCAGCAAUAUUCCAGCUGUAUGACGGCGGUCUGUAAAUAAUCAAGUCUGGACCAGACAAUCCAGUGAUUGACAUCAUGCGCAUCAAUCCACGCAAUUGGGAUCAAUGACAUGCAUCAACCAAGUCAGCGAGCCUGACCACCCUAUCCCUAUUAGUUGCCUUUUACGACAAGCAUAGUCGCUUUUUAUGGCAAGCAUGGGUUGCUGAUGGCAUAUUCUACCCCGGCAAUUGUAUAUGUACAUGUGUGACAUGUAGAUAUUGAGACCACAUAUUUAAUUUAAUCUAUAUAGUCAAUAUUUAUUUAGUGAGGUAUAUAAAAUACUGACCUGCACAAAAAAUGUUUGUUUAAAUUAAAUCUGGUGAAUAUCUCAAA